CAGAGGGAGUCCAUGUUGGAAACAAGUGUAUCAAUUCUGUGAUAAACUCCUAACAGAAACCACCGACAUGCUGUCAGUUUGGAGAAACCUGAAGAACAGCCGCAGAGUUAUUUGUGGAGCUGUGCGGCCCGGCUGCAGCAGCCCUGCCGGGGUCUCCGCUCUUUGGUCAAAACAAACUCCGUCUGCAGGGAGCGACUUUGACCUGCGCCGUCCGUGCAUAAACCCCAGCAGAAAGUGUUCAGGGAGGCCAUACAAUGUGCCACCCAGCGCCGAAUUUGUGGCAAGGGUGUCAGGAAUUCCCACCAUGGCUAAACUACCUUACCAAGAGACGGCAGAGGGACUGGAUGCUGCGUUUGUCGGAGUCCCAAUUGACACUGGAACCUCCAACCGACCAGGAGCAAGGUUUGGGCCCCGGCAGAUCAGAGUGGAGUCUGCCCUGCUGAGGGCUUACAACAGUGGCACGAGGGCAGCACCUUACGAGUCCCUCAUGGUGGCUGAUAUUGGGGACGUCAACGUUAAUGUGUAUGACCUGAAGGACACCUGCAAACGGAUCAGAGAGGCCUACCGCAAGAUCCUGGCCACCGGCUGCAUCCCUCUGACCAUGGGUGGAGAUCACACAAUUGCAUACCCAAUCCUUCAAGCUGUUGCUGAGAGACAUGGCCCAGUGGGUCUGGUUCAUGUGGAUGCCCAUGCUGACACCAGUGAUGUGGUCCUGGGGGAGAAGAUUGGCCAUGGGACCCCUUUCAGACGAUGUGUGGAGGAGGGGCUGCUGGACUGUAAGAGAGUUGUCCAGAUCGGCCUGCGAGGCACGGGCUACUCUCCAGAUGCUUAUGAGUGGAGCCGGGCCCAGGGUUUCCGUGUGGUUCAAGCAGAAGAGUGCUGGUUCAAAUCCCUCGCACCUCUGAUGGCUGAGGUCAGGCACCAGAUGGGCAGCGGUCCGGUCUACCUCAGCUUCGACAUCGAUGCUCUAGACCCAGGCUUUGCCCCCGGGACAGGCACACCAGAGAUAGCAGGGCUCACACCCAUACAGGGGGUUGAGAUCAUCCGGGGCUGCCGUGGCCUAAACCUUGUUGGAUGCGAUUUAGUGGAGGUGUCUCCACCCUACGACACCACAGGAAAUACAGCGCUGACUGGUGCCAACCUGCUAUUUGAAAUGAUGUGUGUCCUCCCAAAAACCAAAUACUACUAAUCCAUAGAGACCAUAUAUGGACACGUGUUCUUUCUUUCUUUCUUUCUUUCUUUCUUUCUUGAUCAGGUGUAUGAGUGGACAAAUUGUAUGCACAAAAUUACAGUUCCAUAUGUUAAUUAAUAAACAU